AGCUCUACGUACAAAAAUCAUAACUUCCUCAAACUCUCCCAACAACCUUCUCCGCUUCUUCUCUCCGUUCCUUACAGAAUUCAGAUAUUCUCUUAAUUAAACAAAUAUAUACGUAAUUCUAAUGAGGAAUAUGUUAUUCAGAUUUGGGGUAUCCUUAUCCCUACUAUCGUUACUCCUGUUUAAGUCCGAAUCCGCCGUUUCUAGCAUAGAUCUAGGUUCUGAAUGGCUGAAAGUCGCCGUAGUCAAUCUAAAACCCGGCCAAAUUCCGAUCACCAUUGCCAUCAACGAGAUGUCCAAGAGAAAAUCCCCCGCCUUAGUAGCAUUCCAAUCCGAAACUCGCUUACUCGCCGAAGAAGCUGCUGGAAUCGUAGCUCGUUAUCCCGACAAGGUGUUCUCCAAUCUCCGAGACAUGGUUGGAAAGCCCUACCGAGACGUCAAGCGUUUCGCGGAUGCAAUGUACCUUCCAUUUGAUGUAGUGGAGGAUUUUAGAGGUGCCGCGAUGAUUCGAGUUUCGGACGACGUUAGUUACUCGGUCGAGGAGUUGUUAGGGAUGAUCCUGAAGUACGCUGCGAAUUUGGCGGAGUUUCAUUCAAAAACGAUGGUUAAAGAUAUGGUGAUAUCGGUGCCGCCGUAUUUUGGACAAGCGGAGAGGAAAGGGCUGAUGACGGCGGCUGAAUUGGCGGGAAUAAACGUGAUUUCGUUGAUAAAUGAGCAUUCGGGGGCGGCAUUGCAGUAUGGGAUCGAUAAGGAUUUCUCGAAUGGUUCGAGGCAUGUGAUUUUUUAUGAUAUGGGUUCGAGUAGUACUUAUGCAGCUCUUGUUUAUUUUUCUGCUUAUAAUGCUAAGGAGUUUGGGAAAACUGUUUCUGCCAAUCAAUUCCAGGUGAAGGAUGUUAGAUGGGACUCGGGACUUGGAGGACAGAACAUGGAAUUACGGCUAGUUGAGUACUUUGCAGAUGAAUUCAAUAAGCAAGUUGGAAACGGGGUUGAUGUGAGGAAGUAUCCCAAGGCAAUGGCUAAAUUGAAGAAACAGGUUAAGCGUACAAAAGAAAUUUUAAGUGCAAAUACUGCAGCUCCAAUAUCUGUUGAAUCUCUUCACGAUGAUCGGGACUUCAGGAGCACCAUAACUCGGGAGAAGUUUGAAGAGCUUUGCGGGGACCUUUGGGAUAAAUCUCUUAUGCCUGUGAAAGAAGUGCUGAAGCAUUCAGGUUUGCAAGCUGAUGAUAUAUAUGCUGUGGAGUUGAUUGGAGGUGCUACUAGAGUUCCAAAGUUGCAGGUUAAGCUCCUGGAAUAUUUUGGAAGGAAAGAUCUGGACAAACAUCUGGAUGCUGAUGAAGCUACUGUUCUUGGUGCAGCACUACAUGCUGCAAAUUUAAGUGAUGGGAUUAAGUUGAACCGUAAGCUGGGGAUGGUUGAUGGUUCCUCCUACAGUUUUUUUAUGGAAUUAGACGGGCCUGAUCUUUCAAAAGAUGGGGAUACCAGGCUUUUACUUGUGCCAAGGAUGAAAAAGCUUCCCAGCAAGAUUUUCAAGUCCUUUAAUCGCAGCAAAGAUUUUGAAUUGUUGCUUGCCUAUGAUAAUGAAGGUCUUUUACCUCCUGGGCUUUCCUCCCCUGUGUUUGCUCAGUUUGCUGUUUCUGGUUUAACAGAUGCAGCCAAUAAGUACUCAUCUCGGAAUUUGUCUUCUCCCAUCAAAACAAAUUUGCAUUUCUCUCUUACUAGAAGUGGAAUUCUUUCUCUGGAUCUAGCAGAGGCUGCUUUUCAAGUAACAGAAUGGAUAGAAGUUCCUAAAAGGAAUUUGACCGUGGAGAAUUCAACCAUUGCUUCUUCCAAUGUAUCUGUUGAUCUUGAUGCUGAAAACACUUCUGAACAAAAUAGCAAUAGCUUGGAGUCAGAUGGAGGGAUCAGUAAUGCAUCUAACAGUACCACUGAACCAAAUACAGUGGAUCUUGGUACAGAAAAAAAACUGAAGAAGAUGACCUUCAGAAUCCCACUCAAGAUAGUGGAGAAAACAAUGGGACCUGGAAUACCUCUUUCAAAAGAAUCUUUGUUGAAUGCUAAAAGUAAAUUGGAAGCAUUGGACAAGAAGGAUGCAGAACGGAGAAGGACAGCAGAAUUAAAAAAUAACCUUGAAGAAUAUAUAUAUGCUACGAAAGAGAAGUUUGAAACAUCUGAAGACUUUGAAAGAAUAUCUUCAAAUGAUGAACGCCAAUCUGGUAUCAAAAAGCUUGAUGAGGUUCAAGAAUGGCUGUAUACUGAUGGUGAAGAUGCAACUGCAACAGAGUUUCAAGAACGCCUAAAUUUGUUAAAAGCUGCCACUGAUCCAAUAUUUUUCCGAUUUAAAGAGUUGACUGCAAGGCCAGAAGCAGUAAAAUUUGCGCGACGAUACCUUACUGAAUUGCAACAGACUAUUCGUGGGUGGGAGGACAAACCUUGGCUGCCAAAAGUUAAAGUAGAGGAGUUGUCGAUCAAUAUUGACAAGUUCAAGACUUGGUUGGAUGAAAAGGAGGCCGAGCAGCAGAAGAUGUCUGGAUUCAGCAUGCCUGUUUUCACAUCUAAAGAAGUCUACGAGAAGGUAACCGGUGUGCAAAACAAGGCUGAUAGCAUUAAGAAAAUCCCCAAGCCAAAGCCUAAAACUGAGAAGCCCAUAAAUAAUGCGGAAACAGAGAAGGAUACCUCUGGAGAUGAAAAACCAGCUGAGGAGUCAGAUAGCUCAAAGAACGAAGAAGAUAAGGUAGAACCAGAGAUGCACGAAGAGCUGUAAUCAGUUUUUAACACAACAAAAAGGACUCUCUUAACUAAUGACGGGCCUUCUGACUUGGUAAGUAGAGAUUGAUUUAAUUCCAGCAAAUUUAGUCUUAUGAAAAAAAUCAUAGUAUUGCUCUACUUUACCCUUUUUUGUGAUUUGAUCGUGGUCGGAUCGAGUCCGGUAGUUCAAAGGCUUCUAAAACAGUUUUGUCUUCUAAAGACACAGAGCAAUGUUAGAAGAUUUGUCAUAAAAAGAGAAGUUUAGUUUUAUUAUCCUUCUCUAAGGAUUUUGGAUGCCAAUAUUAGUUUUAUGUCAAUUACCAUUAUAAUCUGAAGAAA